AUGGACUUUCCAACGUGGGAUACGGUCACAGGCCAAACCUGGACUCACCACUUCCCACAUAUCCUUCAGGACAUCAGCGAGUGUGCAUUCGUCGCCCUUGAUUUCGAAUUCUCUGGUAUCCCCACAUAUCAAGGUUCUCGUCGACAGACUCUCCAGCAAAGAUAUGCAGAAGUGAAAGAGGCAGCACGGACUUAUCAGAUCCUCCAGGUAGGGCUGACGAUUGUGAAGGAAGAUGCUGUCGUAGGAACAUACACUGUCAAGCCAUACAACAUUCAUCUAAGCCCUUUGAUCGAUUCCACCCUGCGUAUUGAUCGAACAUUCGGCUUUUCAAGCGGUGCCAUUCAAUUCCUACUGAAAUCUGGGUUUGACCUGAAUGCGCCAUUUCAUGAAGGUGUGGCGUAUCUUUCAACGAAAGAAGAGGAGCAAGUACUGGAGGACGCACAUCAACAUAACAGCAGCCGCUUAGGGACGGGAACGGUCGCUCAGAUAGUGUUGUCCAAGGGAGAUGCAGAAUCCGUGGCUUUUCUUGCUGAUGUGCGAAAGGACAUUGAAGAAUGGCUCAGCGUGGGUGAAGGCAGACAAGACUAUCUAAAUGUCCCAUCACGGAAUGCCGCACCGAGAAAUGGUAAACCUGCUGUGACGAGCUUGAAUCGCUUCCAGAAAAGACUGGUGCAUCAGCUUGUCGAGACCGAAUUUCCUUCACUUACAUCAAUAGGGUGUCCUGACUUUAUAAAGAUUGUCAAAUAUGACAAGGAAAGGGAAGAUAGAAUACGCCGAGAUAAAAUCAACCGUGUCGAAAAGCGUCUACUAGAACUUCGUGGCUUCAGAUGGCUUAUCGAAGCGUUGACAGGGGGCGACCUUUCUCAACUGACACCUCAGGUCUUUCAACCUUUAGUUGGGGUCGUUGAAGAACAAGAGAAUGCCCUUGCUGUCUAUAAAAGGACUGUUAAUGGAUUGAAAAGCAAGAAUGGCCGAAUUCCGCUUGUUGGACACAAUCUGUUCAUGGAUGUGGUUUACUUGUGGCAAUGCUUUUACGGUGGUCUACCAGACAAAGUCGAGGAAUUUGCGGUCCUACUUCAUGAGAAGUUUCCUUUGUUGAUUGAUACAAAAUACAUCUUCACCCAUGAUUGUGGCGAUAUGAAUCCGGUGGCCUCCUUGGAUGAUAUCGCCAAAGCAUACGAGAACGUCACUAAACCUGAAAUUAUAAUGGACGCAAAGCACAUACGAUAUCAGAACGCCGCAUGUCCGCACGAAGCCGGAUACGACAGUCUUUUGACAGCCCAAAACUUUCUCAAGCAAGCUGUGCAGUUGCCUGGUGCCCGCCCGAGAGCGUCAUCCAUACAGUCGCAGCACACCGAGUCUGUUUCGGUCCAGCACACAGGAGGCAUUGUGAAAGCUGCUUCCAAGAUGACCUUGACGAAGCACAACGGCAGUGAGACCAUCAAUUCUCGCACCAAAUUUGCUGGCAAGAAUGUUUAUGAGACAUUGGAAAGCAUUGACUCUGAAGCGAGCAUCGACGCACCGACUGGGGCCGUCUCUGGUCCUGAACUCAUCCCAUCCUUCUCGGCGCCAGUAUGGAAAGUCUACGGAAACAAGCUCCGCGUCUUUGGGACGCAAGAGAGGGUCUUUAAAUUGGAUACCGGUUACAUCAACCCAAUUAUAAAGGAGAAAAGAUUGCGGCCAUCAUCCAAUUCCACCGUCUGCAGAAGCUGUCAAGAAACACUCACCAUCMCCCGCCGCAACUACGCCUCCGCAGCAUCGACAGUCGUCAGCGGCUCAGACACCUCCAAAACAGAGAUCCCACUCGCCUCCAGCUCCGAAGCCGCCGGUUCACCAGCAUUCGACAUCAAAGCCGGCGUUGUCCUCUCUCGCCCUCCGCAAAUCACCCGCGACCUGACCCCCUUUGAAAAAUCAUUCUUCUUCUACCAAAAACGACUCAACGAGCGACUCGUGCUGCCCUUUACGCGCUACUUUUACUUCAAGCGCGGUACACCGGCCGACGAGGACUGGAAACGGAAAUACAAAGACCGUCUCACCCCUUCUCGCGACAUUGGUAAAUACAACGCCUAUGCACCUGAGGCAUGGAACGAUGAGUUGCUCGUGGGCUCUGCAGAGGCGGAGCCGGAACAUCAGGUAGAAAUGCUGCUGCGGGAUGCAGAGCUUGUGACUACCGCAUCGUCGGAAGGCGCAACUACGAAAAAAGUCGACAUUGAGCGUCCAGCCGCUCGGGUGACGGAGGCGGACAAACAGAAUGAUCAGAAGAGUUUGGAUAGGUUGUUGCAGAGGACGUUGUAUUUGCUGGUCAAGACGAAGCAGGGAUAUUGGAAGUUUCCCAGUUCGUCGGUGGGAUUAGAGGAGAAUCUGCGUUCGGCAGCGGAGCGCACCCUCUCUCAAUCCGCAGGUAUCAACAUGAACACCUGGUUCGUCGGCUUCCACCCUAUCGGUCACUACUCGUAUAAAUUCAAGGCCCCCAAACCCGACCCAGCCUCCAAGGAGCUCAUCGCAGGCGAAAAGACAUUCUUCCUAAAGAGUCGCAUUAUGGCUGGCCAGGCCGAUUUGCAGGCCAAUACGCAGGAGCUCGCGGACUACAAGUGGCUCSCGAAGGAGGAGAUUCAGAAGUUUGUGUUGCCGCAGUAUUAUAGCAGUAUCAAGAAUAUGCUUGCGGAUCGGUGA